AUGGAGAAAUUUUCAAGAUCGAAAUCAACGAUGGAUAACCCAGGCGUGUAUCCGAGCAGCAUGCAGGAUCUGAGGAGCUACAGUAGUACUUCAGGGUACAAUCCCAAUCAAAAUCGAGAAUUCCCAAGCGGCGAUUUUAAAGACAUGAAAAUCAAGAAAGGCAAUAAUUGUAGUAAGAGCAGCAAAAUCUCAUCAUCUUCUUCAGCAAAGAAUUGGAAUUUCAGUAUGGACCCUGAAUUGCAGAGGAAGAAAAGGGUUGCUAGCUACAAAGCCUAUGCCGUUGAGGGCAAAAUGAAGAGUUCACUCAGAAAAAGCUUCAGGUGGAUGAAGAAUAUUGUUCAUGGACUUUGGUGA